CCAAAAUGAGGGGGCAGUGGCUUUAGACCAGGGUGCAAGGAUCCAUCAUGUACCGCGUCGUCUAACGAUUUAACAAAACCUCAUUGCCCUUCACCAUUUAAAUCACUGGCUCUAAACUUGGUGAAAUAAAUUACCUCGAUAUUACGAAUCCAAAGAGUACAUAUUCAUUCAAUGGAGCAGUACAGCGACUGGGAGCUAUGGGUGAGCGAUGAUGAAACAACAACCGGAGAAAAGGACGUCGAUGCCGACCAGGGCACCGAUCCUACAUUCUUCAAACUUGAAUUGAGCCCGGAGGAAGGACGACCUGGAGGGUUCAAGGUCAGAAAUCCUCCCGGCGUGAAACAGCGCAAGGAAACAUCAAUGUUCCAUUCAGGGUCCAGAAAGAGACCUGCAUUUUACGUGCAAUGUCUUGCUCGUGCCAUCAUCCAUGGCACGCUCACGCGCGGAUCCGCUCAGAGAGCCACCUUGUUAGUUUACGACUUUCAGUUCUUAUCGUAUCGAGGGACCCGAAUCAAAGAUGCUAGCAUCUGCUUUGACUUCCUUCCUAGCGCGGGGGGUCAUCCGGGAAGUGGACCUUCCGUCAAGAAGGUCGGACCCGAUGAGCGGUAUAGUAUGAUGGAAACAACACAGCUCGAAAGCCUGAAGAAAACAGCGAAACUAGGGAUUAGUGGAGGAACCGUGGUAUCCGCUAGUGGUGAGGUUGGAGGCGAGAGCUCUGUGGAGAAAACGGUGACUUUCGCGGCUGAAAUCACAGGUAGUCGUCCAUUCGAUGCAUGGGGGAACUAUUUUCAAGCCCAGUGGGCGCUGCAGGAAAACCCCUCGCAGGCGAAUGGCAUUGUCUCCCGUCUACGUACAUGCGUUCUGCUAACGCGCGAGAAUGACAAUGACUUUGACUGUGUUCCGUAUAUCCAAAUCACCCCUAACCUGACUACACGGCUAGUGUCGUUGGGAAGUGUGCGAUCUCGGGACGACGCCAUUCCUUUUGACCCGAGCUACGAACCUUACAAUGACCUCGAGGAGGGAGAAAUCAUUGAUCGCUGGGACCUAGGAUCCGUGGAUAUGACCAAGCUGUGGGAUUUUACCUUUUGGACGAGCUACGGGAAAGCCGUCAAGCAGAGGGUCUAAGCCAGGAAGGCUUUGCCGAGAUUGGAAACUACAUUUGUACCUUAGCUUCUGUUCGCUUGAUUGCUUUGAAAUAGUCGA